AAUCGGCUCGAAUUUGGGCUUCUGAGUGCGCUUGUGUCAGAAUUGCGGGUCAAUAUCUGAGGUGUGGUGAAAAUGUGGUCCAGAGCGUUGAGGAGUAAUUUAAAAUUGAGUAAGUCUGAGGCUUGCAUUUUUUUCAAAAAUAAAAUACGAGGAGCCUCGACUUGCGUGGAGGGAGAACCGGAAGGGCCGGUUGUCAAAACUGACAUUCCGGGGCCAAAAUCAAAGCAACUUUUGCAGGAACUGGGAUCACUACAGCAAGUUGGAACAAUACAAUUGUUUGCCAAUUAUGAUAAAUCAAUCGGGAAUUACUUAGUGGACGCUGAUGACAAUAUCCUCCUGGAUACGUACACCCAAAUUUCGUCCCUCCCUUUGGGCUACAACCACCCGGAAUUGCUGAAAGUGUUCAAUGACCAACACAACAUGAAAUGUUUGAUUAACAGACCGGCCCUUGGUGUUUUCCCGGGGGAAGAUUGGCCCAAACGCCUGAAUGGAAUUCUUAGUGAGAUUUCGCCAAAAUUGCCAAACAUUACAACAAUGAUGUGCGGCUCAUGUUCAAACGAAAACGCCUUCAAAAACAUUUUUAUCGCUUAUCAGCGCAAAAAACGAGGUGACGUUGACUUCAGCGAGGAGGAAAAAUCCUCGUGUGUCCUAAACCAGCCCCCAGGUGCCCCCAAACUCUCAAUAAUGUCGUUCAAAAACGCCUUCCACGGCCGCACUUUGGGCUCCCUCUCCACCACCCAUUCGAAAUAUAUUCACAAAAUCGAUAUUCCGUCGUUCGAUUGGCCCAUUGCCACGUUCCCCCAGUACAAAUACCCUUUAGAAGACAACCAGCGCGAAAACGAAGAACAAGACAAGAAGUGCUUGUCCGAAGUUGAAGAGUUGUUCGAAAAGUACGAAAAGAAGGGCAUUCCCGUUGCGGGAAUCAUCGUGGAGCCCAUCCAGUCUGAAGGGGGCGACAACGAGGCUUCGCCCCAAUUUUUUCAACAGUUGCAAAAAAUCGCAAAGAAGAAUAACGCCUACUUGUUGAUUGACGAGGUCCAAACUGGCGGGGGCUGCACUGGGAAAUUCUGGUGCCACGAACAUUUUAACCUAGAGACGCCCCCCGAUAUUGUGACUUUCAGCAAGAAAAUGCAGUUGGGGGGCUAUUUCCACACGGCGGAAAUGACGCCGAGACAACCGGCGCGCGUUUUCAACACCUGGAUGGGUGACCCCGGGAAACUGAUAAUUUUGCAAACGGUCCUGAGGGUUAUUAAGGAGCAAAAACUUCUAGAUAACGUGCUGCACACGGGCACACUGCUGAAAAUCGGGCUUCUGGAGUUGGAGAAAGAGUUUUGUUACUUGCUGAAUUCAACAAGGGGGCGAGGAACGUUUUUGGCAGUGAAUGCGACGGAUUCAAAGUUGAGGGAUGAGAUCUUGACGAAGUUGAAAGCCAAGGGUAUCCAAUCUGGUGGCUGUGGCAGCAACAGUGUUCGAUUGAGACCAGCUUUAAUUUUCCAAGAGCAUCACGCAAAUAUAUUUUUGGAUAAAUUUAGACAAGUGUUGAAGGAAAUUAACUAAUAUUUUGUCGAUUGGUAACAAUGAGAAUGUCUUCCGUCAUGUCUUCCAAGAGAUGUAAUAAUUGUGUUUUAUGUGAAUUUAAAAAUAUAUGAGGUGUGUUAGUGUGAUUGUGAUAAUAAAUUAAGACAAUCUAAAAACCUGACAUUUUUAUUAAAAAAAAAU